CUCUCCCUCCCUCCAUCUCCUUCGCGCCGCCCUCCUCCCUCCCUCCCGUCCCGCUUCAUUUCGCCUCCACCUCCCCCCCCGGCACGUUUCGCCAGCAUGAUGGUGGUCUGAAGGGCCGCGUGCGACGGGUCACACUACCAGCCAUUGAUGAUAGCAUUGUCCGGGGGCUGCUGCGACCGACCAUGGGGGAACCCGCUCACUUGACGCCUCGCCAGAUCUGGGCUCAACCAACCACCACCACCACUCGCACAUAUGAAUCGGGCUGCACCCCAUUCUUACUGCCCAGUGAUGGCUAUGUCUAUUUGAAUCGCUCCUACUCCCUCACCCUGACCGAGAAUGCCAUCUACGACCCCAUCUGUACCACUACGCAAACCGCCACCGCCCAUGCGGUCGCCGCCCUCGAUCUCACCGACCCCUUCUACUCCUCCGUGACUCCCGCCUUGUACGCUAUGGGCUGUACAACCGUUGUCAGCUAUCUUCUGGUCAUCAUCCUUCUCAUAACCCCCCGCACGUUUUAUGUUGGGGGUCCCGGUGGGGGUGCAAACUUCCUCGGGCGCCACGGCAUGAUCAGCAGUUCGUACAGCGGGAACUCGUCGGUGGUCGGAGUCGGCGGUCGGCCGUGGCUCCAAAAGGUCGCGGCCUUGCUAGUCGCCGUGUCCCUCACCAUCGCGACCGUGGACUCGUUUCGAGUGGCCGAGAAACAAUAUUACUAUGGCUACUCGGACGCGGAAGCGCUAGCCGACGAAGUCAUCGACGGUCUGGAGAUCCGCGUGGUCAGGAUCAUUUCUAGCACCUUCCUCUGGCUUGCCCAAAUUCAAACCCUCAUCCGGCUUUUCCCUCGACACAAAGAGAAAAUCAUGAUCAAGUGGGCCGGGUUUGCGUUGAUAGUGUUCGACACCACCUUCAGUAUCCUAGACAAAUUUCUGGUCAAGACUGACACCGUCCACCCGCGCCUGUACGAGGACGCAAUCCCCGCUCUUAGCUAUCUAUUCGAGCUAGCCCUGAACCUCCUCUACGCCGCCUGGGUAAUCUUCUACUCACUUUCGAAACAUCGGUUUGCCUUCUUCCACCCAAAAAUGAGGAACAUCUGCCUGGUGGCCUUGCUAUCUUUAUGUGCGGUUCUUAUCCCCGUCGUUUUCUUCGUUCUCGAUAUCGCCAAGCCUAAAAUUGCGGGAUGGGGUACAUAUGUGAGGUGGGUUGGCUCGGCUGCAGCAAGUGUCGUCGUCUGGGAAUGGGUGGAGCGGAUUGAGGCACUGGAGCGCGAUGAAAGGAAGGAUGGGAUUCUUGGACGGGAGAUCUUUGAUGGGGAUGAAAUGCUGGAAGUGACUCCUUCGGAAGAAGUCGACUGGCCGCGGUACAACCCCGAUGGGAAUGAUCGAGGCGCAGGUGCGGGUACUUCGUCGGGGUGGGGAGGCAUGAUGGGACUGGCUCAUCGUCCAUUGCGCACCAGGGUCGGCCGUAACUGGCAGUCGACUCUGGAAAACCAGCAACACACCAUCUCCGUUGACCCUCGGCGCCGGAGAGUGGCACCCCGGCCUACUCCUCCUCCCGCCGCCGUAACGCCUGUUAGUCGGGCCGACACAACCAGCGCCGCCAGCACGGUGUACAACGUCCAUUAUCAUCCUGUUUCCAGUCCAACUCCGCCAGUGGCCAUGCCUCAUAUGGAGGAAGAAGACGAAGACAUAGACGAAGCGGUGGCAGCCAAGGAGAUGUCCGCAUCUCUGGGCGAUCAGCAAGCCGGUCUGGCCCAUGAUGCGCUGGCAGCACAACAGACCAGGGAGCAAUCUCCGCAGAUUGUCCACGUGGACAAAAGAUGGCGAACGCUCGUCAAUCCUUUUAAGAGGAGGCGCGCGUCCUUGCCAAGGGAAGUCGCUUCGGCACAGGCCGAGGAAGAAGGGAACUCCGCUGCUGCUCAAGUUGAACAGCAACACCUCUCGCCGGAUAAUAGUGACGACGAGCACGGCUCACAUCCAAAGACCGAGUCUCUUUUUGGCUUCCAUCGGAGAUUGAGGCCAGGCUCUGGACGGCAAGGGUCCGACUCGCCCCUGCCCGUUACGGUCAUUCCCGCUCGGCGCCGGGGCCAACAGACCUGGUCGCCGCAACAGUUCCACGCACCCAGCCUUCCUGAUACGACGGGAUCUAACCAGCGCAUUCCGUCUGCCCGCGAUGAUCUACCCGUGAGGGUGAUACAGCCGCAGACCCGCACUGCCGCUCCAUGGAGCGUAGCCGAUGGGCAAGGGUUCGGCAAUGGAAAUUACGAAUUGCGGUACGAUCCCGAAGCCGCCGCACUCGUGGAACCUGGCGGGCAUCACUCUGAAUCUCAACCUGCGCCGGAACUCGACAGCUCGAUCCAUGAGCCCCCCGGCCCAGAAUCCCACGCAACGGAGGGACCUCUGUCACCGGCUCGCCAUAUGCAGGAUACGGUCGAUGAAGAGCCAAGGGGCCCGCAGUAAUUGUUCCUUCUGCCUGAUUUGCUUUUAGCUGUUUGUUUCGUUUCUUUAGCGGGGAGUCUAGGAGACAUAUUGGCUAUUUCUGGGUGUUUGGUUGGUUGGUUAUGUUUGUUUCUUUCCUGGCCCCUCCGUGUCGGCGCCUUACGGGCCAGGCCGAAGCUUCGGCUGGCUAAUGAUAUGAUUUCAUGUGCCCGCUGACCCACUUAUCAGCCCAGUCGAGGGUCUUAAUAUACAUGACA